CUGUGUUAGGUCUUGUUUUGUCUUGUCUUGUCUACCGUUGUGCACCCUAAAGCUAGCUACGCUAAACUUGCACACAGCUGUUACAGGCACCUUCGGUAUACGUACAUAGCCGUCUCUCUCGCGUGUAUAAUACAGUGGAUGCAAUCGGUAUUGGAUGUAUGUAUUAUGUAUUAAACAUACAGCUUGUGGGGGCUUAAAAGCAGUCCGGACACAGAGUUUACCAAAUUAGGAAUAUUCACCGCAUGCAUCACAUCUAAAGUCCCUAGUAAUACGAAGCCACAGACCCGAAGUGACUUCGUUAAUCAUCUCUACAUCUCAGGCUAAACGACUAUCAUGUACUGUUGAUAGUAGUGUCGCAUCUCGUAAAACCUCAUAGUCCUAGUCCUUACACACCCAGAAACACAGAAGGGUCUCCAUAGAACCAGCAAUAACCACUACCCCAUACACACAGUAUAUACCAACUCGACAAUGGCACGAAUCGUUCGAGAUAUGACCUGUGUAGUGUGCGGGAACGCAGCUAGCCCGGAAUACACGGUCUCGGAUGAGGCCAACAACGACCAACCCUUCUGUUCCACAGACUGUCAAGCGAUAUGCGACAACAGGGCAACCAUACCGCCGCGUAGCGUACGCGUCAAACACGCGCGGGGUAUAGGCAACUCUCUGGGCAAUGCCAGCGCCACCAUCCUGUCCUUUCCGUGUACUCUGGAGGGGUGCAAUGAGCGGUUCAGCACCCCCUCAAAUGUCCUGGACCACGUCAAGACACACACCGAACACGACAUUACAAGUGGUGGGGUGAGUGGGAUGGGCUCGAACGGUAGUGAGUUAGCGAGACCGGAUACGGCCGGGGUGGCUAGUGCCAAUGGGGGGCAGGAGCCUGGGGGUACUACUGCGAUGUCGGCUGAGGCCAAGUUGGGUGCACAGGAUGGCAUGGAGUCCUCUAAGGACACCCGGGACACGGGAAAUGGGACCGAUGUGGCCACGGCAACGGGCGGUCUGGGUGAGCAGUACCCGGAGAUACACCUGCUGAGAAUUGCCCAGGUGUCAGCUGCACCCGCCCCCCACGCGCCAGGACGGGACCACAACCAACAACCGCAGCAACCGCAGCAACAACAACAACAACAACAACAACAACAACAACAACAACAACAACAACAGCAACAACAACAACACGCACAGGCUCUCCCACAGCCAGGCAGUUACAUGGACGCACUCAGCGCCCCCCCGGCCAUGCCGGUAGGCGUAAUGGGGCAUGGCAUACUGGGUGGUGUCGUGAGCGACCCUGCUAAGGGCUCCAUGGCCAACGGGGUACCGGGCGUGGCCACGUUACAACAGAUGAGCAACAACACGCUGCAGCAGAUGAAUGACGGGCAGGACCCUCUUGCAGCGAAGCACAACCAACACAGUCGCGGGAGCUCAGACUCACAACUGGACACGGCGCAGGCAGCCAACUCACUGGCGACCCUGAAUAUGAGCACAGCACACCUGAGUAAUAAUAACAACAACAUCAAUAGUAUUAAUAUGAUUAACAACAACAACAACCACAACAUGAACAACAACAACACCAACCCCAUCAUCAACAACACCAACGGCAACGGCAGCAACAACAACAACACGACUACUACCAUGACCCUCACCCAUGUCAACCCGGACAGGCAGAUGAAGGUGUUCAGCGAGCAUUCCAUCAACUAUCCCUGCGUGUUCAAGGGGUGCACGGCCAGUUUCAGUCGGGGCACCUCUCUAGCUAACCACGCCAAGACACACACGGCAGAGCACAAGUUCUUCUGCACGCGCAAGGAGUGCGGCAAGAAGUUCAUGAGUGAAGGGUACCUGGCGCGGCAUAUGCGCAUACACGCACGCAAGGACUUAGAGGCCGCGGGGGUGGCUAUGCCUGGUACGCAUCCAGGCACGGGCGGAACCGCCGGAGAUGUGCUGAUGCUUGAAAGGGGUAGUGGUGCGGCGACUGUUGCUGGGGAUGCAGGUACUGGAGAGGGCGGGGUAGGGGGUGCGGGUAAGCCAAUGGGGACCACAGGUACGGCGCAGCCAGUCAAGAGGAAAGCACAGGACCAGGGGGGCACUGCAAAGACUAUCAAGCCGGACGCUACCGGCAACUCGCCCACAGGCAGGCUGCUAGGCACCCUGCACCCCACACCCACAGACACGUACAGUACAUUGUUUUAG